AUGUUGGAUAGUUCAGUUUUCUUGGAAAAUUCUGGUGUUGACGGUGCUGAUGGUAGUGGUACAAGUGGUGGCGCUGCCUCUCAUGGGGUGGCUAUGGAACAUAGAAAUGAGGGUGGUAGUGGCGACGGCGGUGAAGAUUUUGACCGGAAUUCACCUGGUAAUCGGUGGCCACGUGAGGAAACUUUGGCUUUGUUAAAGAUAAGAUCCGAUAUGGACCGUGCAUUUCGCGACUCCAUUCUUAAAGCUCCUCUCUGGGACGAAGUUUCUAGGAAAUUAGGUGAGCUUGGAUACAAUCGAAGUGCCAAGAAAUGCAAAGAGAAAUUCGAAAACAUCUAUAAGUACCACAAAAGAACGAAAGAAGGCAGAUCCAGUCGGCAAAAUGGGAAAAACUAUAGAUUCUUCGAGUUAUUAGAGGUUUUUGAUAAUCAACUCUCAGUUCCAUCGACUCCCUUGAACCAAGUCCAAACGAACCUGACGGAAACAACAGCAACGGCACCGUUAAGGGUAAAUCCCUUAAAUGCAUCUCAAGAUUUUAGGGUAGUACCUUGUUCGAAUCAAGAUCCGGAUACUGAAUUCAUGCCCACCUCUACAUCCUCCUCGGGGGAGAGAUCUGAAGGAAGUGUUGAGAGAAAGAGGAAAUUAGCAGAAUAUUGUGAGAGAUUAAUGAAGGAUGUUUUGAAGAAGCAAGAGGACUUACAGAACAAGUUCUUAGAAGCCGUAGAGAAAUAUGAGAGGGAUCGGAUGGCAAGAGAUGAAGCAUGGAAGGUGCAAGAAAUGGCUAGAAUAAAGAGAGAACAAGAUUUUUUAGCCCAAGAACGAGCAAUUUCUGCUGCAAAGGAUGCAGCCGUGCUUGCAUUUUUACAAAAGAUCUCACAGCAUUCAACGACACUGCAAAUGCCGGAGAUCCCAUUUUCGAUAUUUGAAAAACACUUGGAGACACAAGAUAAUGUGUUGGAGAAGCGCAUUGACAAACAAGAAAAUGGUGUUGGGAAGACUUCAAAUCAUGCUGAUAAACAAGAGAAUAGUAUUGGUGAGAAUACUACUCUGAUGAGCUCUUCAAGGUGGCCAAAAGCAGAAGUUGAAGCUUUGAUUAUGCUUAGAACCGAUCUUGAUUUGAAAUACAACGAUAGCGGGCCGAAAGGACCCUUGUGGGAGGAGAUUUCUUCUGCCAUGAAGAAGCUUGGUUAUGAUAGAAGUGCAAAGAGGUGUAAAGAGAAAUGGGAAAAUAUAAACAAGUAUUACAAGAGAGUAAAAGAUAGCAACAAGAGGCGGCCUCAGGAUUCGAAAACUUGUCCUUAUUUCAACUUGCUCGAGUCUGUAUAUGCAAAGAAGUCUAAAACCGAACAUACUUCAGAAAAUUCGGGUUACAAUAUGCAGCCUGAACGUAUUUUAUUGGAAAUGAUGGGCCAACAACAACAUCAGCCUCCUCCACCACAGCCACCACAGCAGCAACAUCAGUCAGGGGCAGAGGAUGGUGAGAGUGAAAAUCAAAAUCAAGAAGACAAUGCUGAGGAUGAAGAGGAUGACGACAAUGGAGAUGGUUAUCAGAUUGUUACUAAUAUUCCCUUUUCAUUGUCAACCAUGGGUUAA